AUGAGCGGUCUUAAACUCACUGAGCAUUACGCGAUAAAGGACGUGGCCGAUGCUUACGACCAAAGACUAAAUUUCUCUCAAGAAGUGUUUGACAAGAUUCACGAUUUCUGCGAGGCUAAUGGCUCCGAGUUUCUGCUGGCUGUGGAUGUGUGUUGUGGACCUGGCAACAGCACGGUGAUAGGCUUCGACGUGAGCGAAGAGCAGUUGGCGCAUGCACCCAAAAAUCUGCCGAAUGUGCAGUUCCAGGUGGCUAACGCAAAUGACAUGUCUUUCCUGGAAUCCAACUCUGUUGACCUGGUUACUGUUGCCAUGGCUCUUCAUUGGCUGGAUCUUGAGAGGUUCUACCGAGAAGUGGAUCGUGUCCUGAAGCCUGGCGGUGUUCUCAUAAUUUAUAACUACAGCUAUUAUGUCCGCCUCUCCCCGCCCCAGGCUCAGAAAGUUCAUGAACACUACAGUGGUCUGGUCUUGGAUCGAUACUACGAGAGCUACAUGGAUAAUGUUCGGGACGAUUACCGUCGGAUCGCGCUGCCCUACCCUGGCUGGAAGAGGAAUGAUGACCUGAAUUUGGAGAGAGAAUUUACCUUGGAUGGCUACCUUGGCUACUUAAACUCCAUCUCCCUUUACGACCGGUAUUCGAAAGAGCAGAAUAACACCGACUUUAUGGCGGAUAUUUACAAGGCAAUGGAGCAAGCACUUCGUGAGGCUGGCAUGACGUCUAAAGACUCGUUGAUCAAAGCCUCAUGGCCUCUUUUCAUGUUGAUGGGACAAAAGCCGCGCACAUAAUACAUUUACUAUAUUAGUGAUCUAUCUCAUCGAACCCCUUAAAAUGACAGAGUUCUACCUCCAUGAUGCGUAAUUUUGAGGAAAUGAGACUCAAAGAUUCACACAAGUGCUGGUACAUUUUACUUGGUAAAGCGUCAAAGUGAAAAAAACCCAGACUGCUUUGAACUUCUAACACAGCAUAUCUGCGUCAGUAUAUGUAGUGUGUGUGUGUGUGUGUGUGUGUGUGUGUGUGUGUGUGUGUGUUUGAUAGAGUCUCUAAUUUUUUUUCUUCACUGUUUCUUCAAUCUCGCUAAAACAAAAGAGUGGAUGGUUGACCGUUGCUCUUGUGUGGUUUACUCCUUCUUUCCUUUCAAAUAUAAUAAUAUAUCGUCCUUAUCUCUCCUCCUUCUUUAUUGUGUUUGUUACUCCCUUGAAACAUCUCCGAUCUUCAAUGCACGUAUAUGGCCUGUUUGUAAUGCACGUGCCGUAAAAAAAAGUAUACUAAAACGAAAACCAAAAUGUGUAGAUAAACUGAAAAAAGCCUGUCGAUUAAAGCGGUCUCCAUUGCAUGUUCUUUUUGAAAAUUCUUGUAAAAUAAAGAAAGAAAGCUGAAAUAUGCAUUAUUUAC